AGAGCCAUCAAGCUCGUAAACUAUAUGUGAAGUGGAUUUGGAUUCCCAUUGUCAGUUUGUCUUUACUGUUAGCUGGGAUCCUGUCCUCAGUUGAGAGGAUUGGACAAAUCCUUUAUGAUGAUGGAAUAGCAGUAGAAAUGGACUUGUGUCCGGUCUCCAGAAUCUAAUUUUUACCUGGUUAGCAAGGUGCUUCAUUCAGGUUUUGAGAAGUACGCGGAAAACAGCUGGCAAAAACUGAUCAAGUCUAUUCACGAUCAUGGAUGGCAACAAGAAGGGGGCUCUCAUGACCAAUGACCGAGUUAAGGAAUUACCAGUCUUGGGAUUGAAGCAGUACAGUCGAAUGAAAUUAAGCUCGACUCCAGAAGAACCAUGCAAAGAAUCACGUUGUCUCAUCUGCAUGGACCACAACAGUUGUCAAACAGUUCAUUCAAGAACAAAACUGAUGAAUGCCUUGAUUGGGAGAGGCAAGCCUCGUGAAGCCCAGGCCAUCUUUAAUGGUUUAAUAGAGGGAGGGCAUAGGCCAACGCUUAUAACAUACACUACUCUUGUAGCUGCCCUGACCCGCUUGAAGAGAUUCAAGUCCAUUCCUUCACUUCUUUCCAAAGUUGAAGAGAAUGGCUUGAAGCCUGACUCAAUACUUUUUAAUGCCAUGAUCAAUGCCUUUUCUGAUUCUGGCAAUGUAGACAAAGCCAUGGAAAUCUUUCAAAAAAUGAAGCAUUAUGGAUGUAAACCUACAACAAGUACUUUUAACACUCUCAUCAAAGGAUUUGGAGUUGCUGGAAGGCCUGAAGAAUCUAUGAAAUUACUAGAAAUGAUGACAAUAGAUGAAAAUGUGAAACCCAAUGAGAGAACAUAUAAUAUUCUCAUCCAAGCCUGGUGUACCAAGAAGAAACUAGAAGAAGCGUGGAAUGUUGUGCACAAGAUGGUGGCUUCUGGCCUGCAGCCUGAUGCUGUGACUUACAACACUCUGGCAAGGGCUUAUGCUCAGAGUAGAGAAACAGAGAGAGCUGAAAGGUUGAUAUUGAAAAUGCAGUAUAAUAAAGUCUCGCCUAAUGAACGAACCUGUGGUAUCAUAAUAAGUGGCUAUUGUAAAGAAGGGAAUAUGGCGGAUGCCUUGAGGUUUCUAUACAGAAUGAAGGAGCUUGGAUUGCAUCCAAAUCUGGUAGUUUUCAACUCUCUUAUCAAAGGAUAUUUGGACAUUAUGGACACCAAUGGAGUAGAUGAGGCACUGACAUUGAUGGAAGAAUUUGGGGUCAAACCAGAUGUAAUUACAUUUAGCACCAUUAUGAACGCAUGGAGCUCAGCAGGGCUGAUGGACAAUUGCGAGGAGAUAUUCAAUGACAUGGUGAAGGCUGGGAUAGAACCUGAUAUCCAUGCAUAUAGCAUCCUUGCCAAAGGUUAUGUACGUGCUGGACUGCCAGGAAAAGCAGAGGCUCUUCUGACUUCAAUGAGCAAAUAUGGUGUGCACCCAAAUGUUGUUCUUUUCACUACCAUCAUUAGUGGAUGGUGUGCUGCUGGCAAAAUGGAUCGAGCUUCUCGUAUUCAUGAGAAAAUGUGUGAAAUGGGAAUUCCCUCAAACCUCAAAACUUACGAAACUCUAAUUUGGGGGUAUGGAGAAGCAAAACAACCAGGGAAAGCAGAAGACCUGCUCAAAAUUAUGGAAGAGAGGGGUGUUUCUCCUGAAAUGACUACCAAGAACCUGGUUGCUGAUGCAUGGCGUGCCAUUGGUUUAUUUAAGGAGGCCAAGAGAGUUUUAAAUGGUUCAGAAGAGUCUGAAUCUGAAGUAAAUCAAAAUUCUGGAGGGGAUGAACUACCAGUGCAGAGUUUGGGGGGGAUUAUUGAGAAACAAAAACGUAGCGCCACUCACUCUAAUGUGUUACAAUUCCCUGAUGCUGUGGUAGCUCAUCCGGAAAGAUCUUCCAAUGGCAGCAUAAGAAGUCAGAUGAUUGUCAAAGGAUAUGAGUUUUCAUCCAUCGGCACACAGCGUGCUACCAUUUCAAUGGUUCUUGCUCAUACGUGUUCAUUUAGAAUACAGCCACUGAUUGUAAGUAGGCGACAAAUUCAAAACAAGCUUGGUAAGCCUUUCCUUGGUUCUUGCGGAGUAAUGGCAAUAAGCUAAUGAGGAAGCUUGCAGCUAUGAGAUGAUAUCAUUUCGGUCUAAUAUGAACCAUUGAAAUGGUAGCGCGCUGCUUGUCAAGCCUUUCCUCUCUGAAUAGAUUGAAUUUUCUCCAUUGGCCGCAGAAUAGGCUGACAAGAUUUAGCCAGAAAAACUGUAGAUAUCAUUCAUGGAUUUUUCGAUAUACACCUAAUUUUGGCGCAAUGCUGGGGUAAACUGCAUUUGCUGAAUUGUUGCUACUUGGGCAUUGUACAAGAGAUACCAAUUGAGUGUACACUUGUAUAUUUAUCGAUCACAUACAUCUUUACCAAUUCGGUUGUGACUAAUAUCGUUAAAUAAAUUUAGAUGGCUAGCUUACACCGUCUUUUC